AAAAGAGACACGUCGGAAUGGAUAUAAAUAUGUCAGAGGUAACACAUGUCGGCACCGCACAUUCACAUGUGUCUCAAGUUCUCAACCAUAUGAAGUUUAGAUUGUUUGGAAGAUCCUACUGACUACAAGCAGGUCAUAAAAAAUGGCGGAAGGUGGGUACUGGCACGAUGAAUCAGGACCUGAAUAUGUGAUACGUCGCAGCGGGAUUUACAGUCAACAUUCUCAGGUUCAGUGGGAAAAUGCUUCAGUGGAGAUGUGCAAUGUGAUGACCUGGCUGGGGUUCGGGCCCCACAUCAGAAAGGCACGGAGAGACUUCUAUAUGGAGAAUAAUAUGCUGCUAAAUGCGCAGCAUCUAGGUAAGGUAAAGAUGAUCACUACGGGUAGCAAAGCUGAGGGGCUAACGUGCCUUUAUGAGAGUGACGUGGACAAUAUGUAUGUAAAGGAGGAUGUCAUGUGUUUAGAAGACGGUUUGUCUGGUGAUAUGUUACCAAAGGAGACUACUUUGUUUACAUUAAACACCGGUAGCUGCUACCACGGGCAUUGUUGGCUAUUACUAAAGCGACGUGGUACAGCGCUUUACCAAACUCUGAGCAAUGCUCUGUGCGACGAUGAAAAUGGACGCUCUUUUCUGAACAGUGACGUGUAUGUUACUGUGCUAAAUAGCACCACACCUACGUCAGACGAGGUGCGUCAUUCACGUGCAGGACCAUCAAUGCCGACGUCAAUUGGUGCAUACCAUCAAGACAGAGUACUUUCUUUUGCCUGUGACUGCCCUAGCAUACUUCAAAAAUGGGCUGAACGACGUCGUAAUUGGCCAGCGCCGGAUAUCGUUCAGAAAGUUGUAUCAUUGAGAGCAUUCGUCACUCCAGUUGGAUACAAAGGGAGUGAAAACAGAGCUGUCGAGUGGAGAAUAGGCUUUAAUACGGGGGAGAACGAACUUGUGAGCAGUCUUAAUAGCACUCAGGUUUACAUAUAUGUUAUAUUAAAAAUGGUGGUUAAGGAUAUAUUAAAGCCAAUCAAGAAGGAAAUUACAUCUUACACCGUAAAAAAUUUAGUUUUUUGGCUUGCGGAGAACAAUCAUCAAGAAUUGUUUACUGAAAGGAAUUUAUUUCACUGGCUUUGUGAAGGAUUAAAAGAACUAAGAACUGCUUUAUCAACGACAAAACUUUCAUAUUACAUGAUACCAGAAAGAAACCUUAUGGACUCGUGUGGUAUGAAUGAAAAACAACAACGAACAUGGGUAGCAAUAAUAAACGAAUUGAUGAACGAAGGUCCACUACUCGUACUCAAAUUGCCGAAGAUAAGGCAAGCAAUAGUAUCGCACCCAGUGUCUUUGUUCUGGUACGGCCAGAGGAGAUUUGAGCUCGAACUGUUGAUGCUGAAAUGCAUGAACCGACUCGAACAGUGCAAGGCUGCGGAUGGUAUUUCUAAUACAUCGGAUAGUAUGUUGAACUCGAUACUUACACGUAUAGACCAGAUUGUAAGAGAGGUCCGUCAGAGGAUGAUUGAAGAAGGAAGUUGUGUGAAUGAACUGAUGGAGAUUCAUAAUAGGAUACUUAUGUAAUGAACUAAUGCGUGCUUCGUUUAAUUUACCAAAGCAAAUAAAUCUAUUAUUGAGCCCAUAUACCUGAACAUUUGUUAAAUGAAAUUGAUGAUUUUAAUGUAUUUUUUUUUGUCAAGAUGAGUGGUUUAAAUAUAUGUAUAUAUUAUUAUUUAAUAAGUUGUAUGCAUAUCCCAAAAUCAAAAUAUCUUCAAAUGGACACAUUUAUUGUUUGUGUAUACUGUCGAUUCCAAUGAAUUAGCUAAUUCCUAAAUGUAUAUAUGUAAUUUGUUAUCGUUCUGUAUAGCUAACGAUAGAACAAGUACGAAAAUAUUUAAAAACAUAUUAAAGGUUCAUAUUGAAGAUAUUCUCCCAUAAAUGCAGACAUGUAUGGUAACCAUGCAUAGUUCCACUUUUCAAGCAGAAUUACUAACAAUGUAAAUAUGAUGAAGAAGUUUAUUAAUACAUAUACAGUAUGUUCUUAAACUUACUUUUCCUAUUCCCGACUUCAGAUGAAUUCCAAAUUUAAGGGAUCUUUUCACGGUUUGGUAAAUUGACAAAAUUGAAAAAAGUUGUUUCAGAUUCGCACAUUUUCGUUUUAGUUAUGAUAUUUGUGAGGAAACAGUAUUACUGAACAUUUACCAUGGUCUAAUAUAGCCAUUAUAUGCAUCUUUUGACAAUUUAAAAACCUAAAAAUUAUAAAGCGUUGCAACGCGAAACGAUUGAAUAAUUUGGAGAGUUCUGUUGUUGUCGUUAAAUUGUGUGAAACUACAAAGAUCGCUCAUAUAAUGCAUAAAAUACUUUAACCAAGUAUGCUAGGCAGAAUAGCCGAGCGGGCUGAUGCGUUUUUACUCCAGGACUCCGGGAGUCACUGGUUCGAGUCCAGCUGCGGCUACUUUUGUUUCCCUAUUUUAAAUUUUAUUCUUGAUUUUUUAUUAGAGCUUUUAAGAUCCGGUGUUUACAUUUAUCAAUAUAAAGCAUUUAAUGACUUAUUUCAAAACAUGCCAAAACUGUGAAAAGGCCCCUUUAAGCUUUUUUUAAUCAGAACGUCCACUUGAAUGUUGAAUCUUUAUAAACGCACUAUGAGGUCUAAGUGUUAUGUUAAACAAAUGCUAUGCAUUAUUGGUUAUUGUGUUGAUUUGUUUGUUCGUUGUUAUGUCAAGAAAGCUCAAAUUUCAGAAAGUUUAAAUUGGUGUUGAUAACGCAUAAAAAACAAUCACAUACAGAUACAUAUGCAUGUUUUCAUUACUGUAUGCAUUUGUUUAAUAACACAAAUCUGAAAAAGAAAUAUCCGACGGUUUAUAUUUAUAACGUGUAAUAUACACAACUAUGCUAGGAAAUUUAUGAUGCAUUUCAUUUCUUGUGCGCAUGAGCGACAGUAAAUGAUACUAAUCUGCGCAAUGCUGAUUUCAUGCAAUCUACCUGCUCAGUAUAUUGCACUAUGCUGCGUUUUACACGAAAAUGGACGUCAAUUGUGUUAAAUUUAUUAUUAAAAGCCGGAACCAUGGGGUCUUUAACCAAAUUGUUUGUAAAUAAUGAAUGAACUCUAAGUCAUAUAUGAUAAAUUAUUCUUAUUGAAUAAUUUCUUUGCAGAUACGACCAUGCCUUAUAUUGCUUAAAACUUGCGUCGCAAUAUGAAUCGUAACAUGGUGCCCCUUUGAUGCUUUUCAUCAACUGCUUUCUUGUAAUGUCUUUUAGUAAGAUGCAUUAUUCAACCCUGGAUGAAUGGCUAUGCCUGUCGCUUCAUUAAGAUGAUGGAUGCUUCAAUGUUGUGUUGAUCAAGUCCCAGUUUGAUCAUGUCUGUUUUCGGCGCAGUCAAAAUUACUUUGUUGAAACUGAGGGUCAAGUUUAUGCGCAAUGCCUCCCAGCCUGUUCGUAAAUCUAUCGGCAGCGUGUUAGUAGACAAGACAGUCUGUAGGGAACAUGAUGAUAUCGGACUAUUUCUUUCUCUGAGUAAAAUAAUAUGAUAUGCAAAAUGAUUGUUUACAUCUCAGAGAGUGGUUUUCAAAUAUACAUGGUUAUGACUUUUUUGUAUAAAAAGCAUACUAUUA